AUGCAUGAGGGAAAAAGGGGUAACUUUACAGAGGAGAAACACGAUGAACACCGUCUCAGCCCGGUGAUUAAGGUUGAUAUCGACAGUGGUAUUUUAGACAACAGACUGGUGGAACCCAUCCUUAUUAUAAAAAUAUCUCAGAGCAACUGGAAACUAGUGGUUGACUUUCUCUCUUACAAGCUUUCCCAGAGAGGAUACAGCAAUGCCAUCAAUGGCAACCCAUCCUGGCACCUGGCAGGUAGCCCUGCAGUGAAUGGAGCCACUGGCCACAGCAGAAUCUUGGACGCCAGGGAAGUGAUCCCCAUGGCAACAGUAAAGCAAGCCCUGAGGGAGGCAGGCAAUGAGUUUGAACUGAGUUACCAAUAGACAUUCAGUGACUUGAAUUCCCAGCUUCACAUCACCCUAGGGACAGCAUAUCAGAGCUUUGAACAGGUAGUGUAUGAGCUCUUCCUGGACGGGGUGAACUGGGGUCACAUUGUCUCCUUUUUCUCCUUCAGUGGGGCACUAAGCAUGGAAAGCACAGACAAGGAGAUGCAGGUAUUGGUGAGUCAGCUCACAACUUGGAUGGCCACUUACCUAAAUGGCCACCUAGAGCCUUGGAUCCAGAACGGUGGCUGGGACACUUUUGUGGAACUCUACAGAAACAAUACAGCAACCGAGAGCCAAAAGGGCCAAGAGUGCUUCAACCGCUGGUCCCUGAUGGGCAUGACUGUGCUUUUCUUGAAAAACAAGAACGAGCAGAGCUGCCCGCAGUUCUCAGGACUGAGGUCAUGA